CAUGUGGCAGAUUUUCUUUGCUUCAAGUAUUGUUUACAAAUGGUGGGCUUGAGAACGAUAUUCAAUCCUUCGAGAAGUGUACGUGCAAGUUAAUGUGAAUUUGCGUGACUUGGUUUCUGUGUGAUAGCGCCAGUUGCAAAGUGAAAGAUUUGGCAGUCAGAAACAUGAGUAUGGAGGAUACUUCUGCAGACACUUUAAGCCCACCGGAUCUGCCUCCAGAUUCCCCGGGUAGUUCUGUGUCCUCUAGACUUCAGGAAGAGUAUUCAGAAUUGUUAAAGCAUGUGGUCAGUUCCUCUUUUGUGGAUGGAGAGAAGGAGACAGCAUUGGGGACUACCAACUCACUCCUUCUGACCUCUGCUAAUAAGUCCCCUGACCAGACAAGUCCUAGACCUCUGCAAGAUGAAGAGUUCUCUGACCAGACUCCGAGGGAUACCAGAGAUGAGAAUGGCAGUACUGGUGACAGCACCGGGCUCAAACAUGGGGCAUUCAAGGCUCCUGCUGAGUUUUCUACACAAGCUCAUAGUAGCCACAACCAGCAAACUAUUUCAGAAGAAAAAUAUGAGAACCAACACAUCUCCACGACUGAGCCAACCGUUGCUGCCAUGGGCCAGAAAUUGGAUGUGUGGCUGGACACGCUGAAGGCUAACAUUUUGGCGGAGUUGAGAGACUCAUCGGUGCACUUGCUAGAGAGCCAGAGACAAAAGCAGGAGAAGGAGAUGGAAGACCUGAUCUCGGAGAAGCAGCGACUGGAGAGAGAACUGAAUCGCGCGUGUGCCCUGGUGGCCACCUGUGAGCAGAGCAUGGCUCGUAAAGACUCCCUGCUGGAGAACCUCAGCCAGGCCCUGGCCAAGCAGCGGGACAAGACGGCUCAGGCUGGCUGCUUCUUCCGCUGGAGAGUAGAACAUUUAGAUGGGGAACGAGAGAAAUUCACGGAGAAGAUUGCUUCCCUUCACCAUGAACGUCAACUCAGGCAGCGUGUGCUCAAGGCCUGGUUUGGCCAGGUACAAACUCGCUGGCGAACGCGAGUGCAAAAGCAGUGCCAAGAACAGGCGCAAGCUGUGUGCAGACAAUUGACCAGCGACUAUGAAGCGAAAAUAUCUGAGCUCAAUUCUACAGUGAGUCAACUACAGGCACAGGUUCAAAGCUUGCAGCAGGAGCGAGAGGCAUAUGCUGAGUCUGUCAAAAAGGCUUUCAUGCGAGGUGUCUGCGCUCUCAAUAUGGAAGCUAUGUCAGCUUUCUCUCCGGAUGAUGCUGGAGCAGCUGUUGCUGGUGGCAGGGAAGUCCCGGGCUCUGGGUUUGAUUCAAUGCCUCUUGGGGCCACAAGGCGUGAGUACAAAGACGAACUGUCUGGAAACUUGGAGUACGGCUACCCAGAGAAAAACAUGCCAUCCGGAAAGUUUUCCACACUGGGUAGCUCACAUGCAUCAGAUGUGGUCAGCGACCGACUUGAAAGUCAGUCACUGCCGAUUGUCACAGGUGGUGCCACCUCACAGCAGCCUCAUGUCAAAGGUCGUGUGCGGAAAGAUAAGGUUAAGACUAAGAAACCAGUGACUGGUGGUCCAAGCUCAUUGGUCACGACCUCAAUGCCAUUCUCAGUACAAGGCCAAGGUCACAGCCUUGCCCCACCAAUGGCUUCUGUUGUCGUAGAAAGACACCAGCCCAUUACUAAGCAGACCGUGGGCCGAGCGACUGCCAGUAAGUACCCAAGGUCAGCCAGUAACGAGCAGUCAAGCAAGUCCCUCAGAGAGUCAGGCACUGAACAGGGCAGACUGGGCUCUGCUGGACUACCUGGCACCUCAUCCAACGCCGGUCAAACAUUCAAACCACUGGCCGGCCAGACUGGUCAUCCACAGACUAUCAAAGUUGUUGACUGAGACAUUAUAGAUACUUAACAAGUUAUUUAUUUGUACCAGAUGUAAUAUUGGGAAGGUAAAAUGGCUAUUUUGUCCUUGGAAGUAUUAGCUACUUGGUACUGUUGUCAGUGUUUGCUGGGGAGACAGAGGGUUUAUCCAGGGCCCUAGUCAAGUUGCUCCACAGACAGCCAGUUCAUAUUUCACAACUACUGUAUAAGUAACAACACAGAGAAUGAGGCUGAAAUCUCCUCCCCCCCUCCCCCCUCCUACCCACACUUCCUACCCAGCACCUUUGACAAGUGUUGUACAAACAACAGUUGUUAUUAUAUGUGUCACGAUACAGUGGAAUCAGGCGCUCAUCAAUUUUUGGGCAUAUAAGGUUUUUGGUAUCAUCUUAAAGCUUGUUUGUUUGUCUUGCUAUUAAUGAAAAAUAUAGACAUCUAUCUUGAAUAGGUGUUGAGAUAUUUUUGAUUUAGGGAGAUAGGGGUUACCUGGUGUCAAAGUCAAAAGUAAAAUAUGCAAGAAAAUGACUAUCAAAGUUUGGUGAAUUCCAAAGCUUAAGCUUAGAAAUUUAUAUUUUUUUUAUGCCUUUGAUUGAUGCCUUUCAGUAAAAUCCAGGCUGAAAUCUGCUAUUAAGUGGACAUAAAAGGUGUUGAGCCAAAAAAAAAACCCUCAAUAAAAAUUGUCUGAUAAGGGAAAAAUUUCGGUUUCUUUGAUUUCAGUAUUUUGAUUUCACCUUGACACCGCUCAUAUUUUUUUCGCAAUUACCGACACGGAGAGAAAGCCUCUUAUAAAUUUUUCCCCAACUCUGCGCUGAUCACUGUAACAUGACAUGCAUUCCAUAGGUUGUACCUGUAGUUGUGGGUUGAGUUUAUUAUGACUGGAGCAAUGACUUCUUUUUUUCAAAUACCACGCAAAGCGUGACACUUGGAUUAAAGUUCAUUAUGCUCUCCAAUAACUGAUAAAUAGAUAGAAAUGCAGAAAAUUGUGCCCAAUUUAUUCCACCACUACAAUUUUAGAAAUAGUGUUCUGCGUGAGGUGCAUUUUUGUACUGGGGUGUGACGUUUUAUUUUUGCAUGUUGUGAUUUAUGGUCUUCGUUCAGAAAGAGCCCUUUUGUCUUGUAAUUUGUCACUAUGGAUGGGGGCAGGUUUGUUUUUGAGGGAGGGCUAGGCUGAUAUUUUCUGACACUGACAUUUUGACUAAACCAUGGAUCUGGACAGAGGGAUUUUGGCUUUUUGAGAUCUCACUAUGUCAUUGUUACGCAAGUCUCAAACAUGCCGAUAGUUUUGUUUCUAUUUGUGGUAUGUCAUUAUGAUCUAUGACUGGCCCAGCAUGUUGACAUGGAAACAACAGUUUGUAUAUUAAACACUUGCAACAUUCAAAAAAGAAAUUAA